AUGCUUCCGUCUAUUGCCCAGGACUCGCCCCUGGCGGCGGCUGUUGCCGACGUCAUCAAGCCGAAAUUGGUAGAAAUGGGCUGGAGUACGGACGACGGCCAAGAGUCUGCUCUCAUUGAAUACAUCGUCCUGAUGCUGGUCAACGGCAAGACCCAAGAACAACUUGCGACCGAACUCUCGAACGAUUUCCUAGGUCUUGAAGAGGGCGACACACAAGCGCUGGAAUUCUCAAGAUGGCUCUUUGGACAGGUUGAGAUUCUUAACCAUCAGAUCAACGGUGUUUCAAGUCAACCUGCAGCAGGGCAGGCUCCUUCGUUUGGACAAGGACCUACCCAGGCGCAGGGAUUUGAUGGAAAUGGACAAGAUUCGGAGAUGGGUGGCACGGCUGAUUCCAUACCCACUGGACCCAAGUCGAUGCGUAACGGAAAUCAACGACAAGGUGGCCGAGGGAGAAUGUUGAACCAACUCAACCGCAAUAUGGAUCGCGCAGGCGACGCCGCUUUGCACCGUGUUAACGGACAACAAGGCCGCAUCGGUGGUCGCGGUCGAGACCAGCGGGGUGGCAGACAGGGCCGCGGAGGUCGGAAUAUGGGCGGCAUGGGGAUGGGUCCCAAUAUGGGUAACGGCAUGAUGCAAAUGAGCCCCGAAAACCAGAUGCAGAUCAUGUCGAUGUUGGAGGAACAGGCACGGAUGAUGUCUCAACUCAUGCCCGGCUUUAGCUCCCCCGCUAUCAAUCCUUCCUUCCAGAAUGGCCAGUCUGGCCGCCCGCUCGGUGACCGUGUCCAGCGUCCAGGCCGCGGUGGACGUUUCCAAAAAGGCGCGCCGAAGCAGCGCCAAGAGGGAGGCGAUGUCGACAUGGAUACCGGAAUGGGUGGAGAGCAGGACGAGAGCAACACCGACAGCGUUUGCCGUUUCAACCUCCGAUGCACACGCAACGACUGCCCAUUCGCCCACCAGUCGCCUGCAGCCCCCGAAGGCACCUCGAUUGACCCCGCUGAUGUCUGCUCCUUUGGUGCCGCUUGCAAGAACCGCAAAUGUACUGGCCGUCACCCGUCACCGGCAGUCAGAUCUGCACACCAGGCCGAGGAGAUGUGCAAAUUCUACCCUCACUGCACCAACAAGUUCUGCCACUUCAAGCACCCCAGCAUGCCGCUCUGCCGCAAUGGAGCCGACUGCAAGACUGAGGGAUGCAAGUUCACACAUGUCCAGACCGCCUGCAAGUUUAACCCCUGCAUGAACCCCAGCUGCCCUUACAAGCACGCCGAGGGCCAGCGGGGUGCGUUCAAUGACAAGGUCUGGACUCCCAACUCCGGCACUCAUGUCAGCGAACGCAAGUUUGUCGAUGGCGAGGAAGGGACGGAGGAGUUGAUCAAGCCUGAGGCUAGUGCCGACGGGUCUCAGGGCCAGGAAAUGACCGCUUGA